AAAAUUUAUUUUAUUUAUUAUUUUUUAAUUGCCACGUCACUGAGUUAACGGUCAACUUUGAAGGUUGACUGCCACAUCAGACAAAUUUAACGGAGUUGGACGGAGAGUGACCAAACUUGAACCAUUUAACUAAUUUGAGUGACCAAAAUUGGAUAUAUGAACGUUUUUUUAAUCUCAAUGACCAACCAUGCAAUUAACCCAGUAAAAUAUUCAAGUGUUCCACAGACGGAGAAAAGAAAAAUUGGGAAUUAAGGGGAAAAUAAAACAGGGGCGAUCCCUUUUGUAGCUCUGUCUCACAUGCCUUCUCUCUGCAACGACGACGAGGAGGAGGCCUCCAUUUCAGCGACAGAGGAGCUCUGAACAUAUAUAUAUUUUGCGGCUGAAAGGAUCCGAAUUACGCCCGUCCUCUUUCGCCUUCGCCCUUCUCGUCGAUUCAGUCAUUAGCAGAGUUCUGUACUUUGAGGGGUGCAAUAUGAAUUGAUGGAGAUCCUUUCAUGGGUCAUGAGUUUGAUUCGAUAAAACUGGAGAAUGGGCGUAUCUUGGAGAUAUUCCGCUUGACAUUGUGCCAUAAGUGGUGGUAGGGUGUGGAGGAAGAGGCGCGUUUGUUGCUUUUGAUUCGUAAGCCAUGACAGAUGCAGCAGGGUUAAUGGAGGCGGCUGGAACUAGGUUUAGUUCCUUGGAGAUGAUUGGCAGAGGGUCAUUUGGAGAUGUUUAUAAAGCGUUUGAUAAGGAGCUCAACAAAGAAGUAGCCAUCAAAGUUAUUGAUUUGGAAGAAUCCGAAGAUGACAUUGAGGACAUUCAGAAGGAAAUUGCUGUUUUGUCACAAUGCCGGUGUCCAUAUAUCACAGAAUAUUACGGUUCCUAUCUUCAGCAGACUAAAUUAUGGAUAAUUAUGGAAUACAUGGCUGGUGGCUCUGUUGCAGACCUUCUUCAAUCGGGUCCUCCACUAGAUGAAACUUCAAUUGCUUGUAUUUUGCGUGAUUUGCUUCAUGCUGUUGAAUAUUUGCACAAUGAAGGGAAGAUUCACAGGGAUAUUAAAGCGGCAAACAUUUUGUUGAGCGAGAAUGGUGAUGUCAAGGUUGCUGAUUUUGGUGUUUCUGCACAACUUACAAGAACAAUCUCCCGAAGAAAGACUUUUGUUGGCACCCCCUUCUGGAUGGCUCCAGAGGUUAUUCAGAAUUCGGAAGGUUACAACGAAAAGGCUGAUAUCUGGUCUCUCGGGAUAACUGCUAUUGAGAUGGCGAAGGGGGAACCUCCUCUUGCUGAUCUGCACCCAAUGAGGGUCCUUUUUAUCAUACCGCGAGAAAAUCCACCACAGAGGCCAAGUGCUAAGGAACUCUUAAAGCACAGAUUUGUUAGAAAUGUGAGAAAGAGCCCAAGGCUUGUUGAGAGAAUAAGGGAGCGUCCAAAAUAUCCAAUUAAAGACGGGGACAGCCCAAGAAAUGGUACCCAAGCAAGAGGCGAAGCAUCUGAUACUGUCAAAGUGACUAGGGAUGUAAGGGCAGAUGGAACUGUUCAAGCCAGUGGUUCAAGAAAACCCCUGAAAAAUGCCGGGUGGGACUUCAGCAUUGGUGGAUCACAGAGUACGGGAACUGUUAGGAGUGCUUUAAGACCACCUCAGGUUAAAGAAAAGAAAGUUGAUGCGUCAUUUGAUAAGGUCAGUCAAAGAGGGACUUUGGAGCAUGGUAACCACUUGCUAUCUUCGUCUGGGAAUGCACUUCAGGAAUCAACUCAACCUUCACGCAUAAAGGAUUCCCGGGAGCCAUAUUAUACUGAUGAACAACCAGAUGAUGAUUUUAUUUUGCUAAAGAAGCUAUUUACAAUUCAAUCCCAGGAUGACUUGGCUGUGAGUGGUUCUGGAACUAUAGUUAUACGAACUCCUAAAGGAUCUCAGUCACCAUCUUCUUUUCAAGAUCAGAGUACUCUGUCUAGCACCACAUUAGCUUCAUUUGAUGAUGCAUCUACUAGUGGAACUGUUGUGUUCCGUGGCCAACAUGAUGAUUCUGAUUCUCCCCGGACCCCUAGAUCUCGAUUGGGGAUACAAGAGAGAAGCUCAAGUGCUUCACAGGAAGACAGUGCUUCAAAUUUGGCUGAGGCAAAAGCUGCAUUGCAAGGAGGAGCAAGGAAAGGGAAUGCUAGAGAAAGGUCCGGUUUCAGCAAGGCCAACAAUGAUGGCCAUGAAAGUAGGAGGAAACAGCAAAUAACAAAUAGCUCUGAUUCUGCCAGUUCUCAAGACUACCUCGAUGCACAAAAAGCAUUCGCAAAAUCACGCCAGUCAAGUAUUGAUGAAGAAAGUGCGAGAGUAAUCUCAUCAUCAGCGCCUCUAUCAGUUUUACUUAUCCCUUCUUUGAAAGAGGCAGCUGCAAAUGGUUUAGAAGGAUCAGCAGUGCAUGCUGCUAUAAACUCCCUUGCGAAUAUGGAGCGCAUAAAGCCAGGGUCUUCAGAAAUCAUCGUCAGAAGUUUACUUCAGAGAUUGGCGAGCUCAAAGGAAUCUUCUAUGAAGGAUCUUCAGGAACUGGCGGCUGCUUUGUUGUCCAAGGGCAAGACCACCGAUGCUGAAGAAGCUCAAAAUGCAAAGAGACAACAGCCCAAAGAUUUCAACUCAAAUGCCAGUUUAAGCCCUCUUGCGAGGUUUCUCCUCUCGAGAUGGCAAGGUCGGGAGGUGUAAAUCUGUAACGAAUGGAGAAAAAUGGGACGGGACAGGACAGGAGGGAAAACUCAACUCUGCUUCGGAGAGAGCCUUGAAAUAGAGAAAGGCGCAUGCUGCUCUUUGAUUAUUAGUUUGUUCAUUAUUUGUUGUAGCUUUUUUGCCAAGCAACCUACCUACCUCUGUCUAGCCAUUCUUUGUUCUGGAUUUCCCAUGUACAUAGACAUAUCAUUAUUACUACUAUAACUAUACAUAUACCAUUGUAAGGGGGGAAAGGAAAAUUCGUUGUUCAUUCGUUGAUUGUUAAGCUCAGUUUUUUCUAGGCUCCUUUGUUUGGGACUUACUAAGAUUGUCGAGCUGCUAACCUUGUUGUGCAACGUAAGUAUUCUGUAAUUUUACACGCAAUAGAAGUUAUUUGUAGAAACUUCAAUUGUUCGACUCAGAUCUGACAUGUGUAUAGAAAGAACAGAUUACAACCUCUGAUAUAAAAUUGAAUGCACCAUUUGUACACUACGGAUUUUGGAUGCACAAGAAAUCGUGUUUGUUGUAUACUUCCAGUGAAUACAUACACUCGAAUGUGCCUAAUGAAUUAACUAUUAAGUAUCAAGUUUCCAUCUACAUAGCUGUUCCUCGCCUUUCUUCCGCAUUCCAUUCUUGGAAACCUGUACUACCUUUUCUUGGGAGGCUGCCUUGAGGUCGGAGUCAAUUUACGAAAGGUGGCAUGCAAAAUUGUGACUGCGUAGCUGACCGCAAUAGCACACAGGAGAGCCUUUUGAACAUUCAGGAUUAUCAAAACAACUGCAGUUGCACAUUGUGCAGCGCGAACCAAGACUUGUCGAAGUACAGGGUACCUAUCCCAUUCCCAUCUUUUAUUAGAAAACUUAAACAUGUCCCAAACAGCCAAACACGAAAUCAAUCCGACGAGAGCCAGUGGCAUUUGAUACCUAGAGAACAGGCGAAGAAGACGAUGAAGAGAGUUGCGUAAUUCCUGGCAUAACGCUUUACAUUCUCCGUAACCCGGAUCCUGGCCUGAUGCGAUCCGGAUGGAAACGAGUAGGACCCGCAAUCCCCGAUGAAGGCCCCGGUCCAGGAAGGAGUCGGAGCGGAGAAAUCAGCGGCGGAGAGCUUCGAGAAAGGGUUGGUUGAUAAGACGGAGAGAAGGACGGAGAUGGCGGGAAACAAGGAAUCGAAAAAGAAUCCACCGGUCGGCGAUGCGUGGUCGAGAUCGUUGGUUGCUGCCUCCGCCGCCGUGUCGCUGGUUGAGGUGAAGUUGACGGUGGUGGCGGCCGUGGAGGAGGAGUGUUGGUCGAUGAGUUCAAGGUAGCCGGAAUCCCGGAGCCAGGACUCGAAUGCUUCGUCGGGAACGCUUACAGACAAAGGAUUCGCCGCGAAAGCCAUUUCCCCCUUUUGCUUGCGAUUCUCUUACCGGCGAGCAAAGAUUAGGUCAAAGCGCGCACCCGCCAUUUUUGCUCUAUUGAUAUCCGCCAAAACGAAGCCGUAGAAGAAAACGACUUUCGUUCAAUCUGAACAGGGCUCUCAUUCGCCGCCCUUAUCCUCUCUCCCCGCUCUCACCAAGCCCGAUUACCCCUUCUCUAGACGGUCAUCCUCGCCUCCAACAUUUUCUCUUCUUCUUCGCGUACGACAUUCUCAUCUGCUUCGACAGCAAGCCCGACCGCUUCAACCGACUGGAAUUACCAGAGCUAUGUUUCCGUAAGGAUUCGAUGCCCGCGGCAUGCUUACGAAUCGUUUUCAGAAGCUCUGCUAUGUUUUGGAGCAAGCUCAAGCAGCGUGGAUGGUGAUGGUGACAAUGAAGAGGAAGGAGAAGGAGUUGGUGACAGUUGCUUGAUAUGUAUCUGUUUUUUGCCCCACUACAGGAUGUUCAUGCGACUAAUAUGAUCCUCAAUCCUGGUCUUGCUUUUGGAACUGGAGAGCAUUCUAAUUCAAAGCUGUGUCUAUAUCUCUCAAAAGUUUGAUAACAGGAGGAGAAUGUUUCUUGGACUAUGGAACUGGUUCUGGGAUACUUGCAAUUGCAGCGCUUAAGGUAUAAUUCAUACCAAUAUUUCAGCUAAGUAAUGCUAUUAUUUCGCUAUCAGUCUAUCGUUAGCUCACUAUAUGUGCUUGUAGUUUGGUGCAGCUAGGUCAUUUGGAAUCGAUGUCGAUGAGCAAGCAAUCAAAUCAGCACGCCGCAAUGCUGUUCUGAACAACAUAGAACCUGAGAAACUGAAACAUGUGAUGUUGUUGUAUCCUCUCCUGGAACUUGCAGAUGACAUUGUCUCUUUUGCCAAACCUUGAGACGUUGUUGGGUUAUCUGGGAUUAUGUCUGAGCAGUUGCAGGUGCCACUUAUUAUCGACAAGUACUACCAGUUUUGGGAAGAUCAGUCGGUUGUAGAAAUGGAUGGCUGGGCUUGUGUGAGUGGAAGAAAGAGAGCUCUGUCAAACCUGUGAGAAGGUGAGAGGAUCCCUUUCUAAUCACUGUGGAAACAGUACUAUGGGUCAGGCAGAAAGCUUAUAGCUUUCUCCCCUAAUCAUCUGUACAAUACGUUUACUCUUUACACAAUGUAAGUUGGAAUUUCCAGAUAAAUUAAUAUUGUUAAUUACACACAUGGAAUGGAAUUAAGAAAAGAAAUACACAGAAAUUAGUCAGGUAAUUAGUUAAUUAAUUACACUGUACAUCAACAGGAAAGAUAAAAACACAAGAUUGUGCAGUAGGUUUCUGUAAUUAUGCCCCCUUUUAAUGACACAGUAACUACACCAGCACUGCAAACACACAGCAGCACGACAAUGAUGUGGCCGCUCGUCUCUCCAUGUAAAAUGAACUUGUUUGGUUUCUUCUAGUUGGUAUUUCUGGUUUGGGGUUAUUGACAUUAGAAUAUAACAAUGACUAAGCUCUCUGUGACCAAGGAGCUUGCUUGAUCGAUUUAAUAUAUAAGAUGAUGAUCAAUUAUGUGAUUUGAUAAUUAAUCAAUUAAUUAAUUAUUUGAUAUAUUACUGUUCUAUGUUUUAAAAGGCGGGAACCAUGGCUGGCCUUGUUGUUGUUGUCGCCGCCGGUGGUGGUGGUGGUGGAGCUUCCCCAGUAACGUUGUUUGCUGCUGCGGCCGCUUCUGCUUCCUCAUCUUCCGACACCCACAUGAAAUGUGCGUAGGAUCCUAAAACCAUACAAUCGUUAGGGGAGGCAGAAGCAGCCUGAUGGAAGUAGGUAAAAGCUCUUUGUUGAUCUUUGUAAUUCUCCCAUAUCAGCCUGGCGUACAGAGACAACACUUCCCCGUCGCCUGGACUCUCCAGCAACGCUCUCCCGUAGUAUUCCUCCGCUCGUUUCACGUCCCCUUCGACCUUGUAUAGAAAUUUGCCGUAGUUGCGUAAGAGGAGGGCAUCGUGAGGAUUGGAUCGAAUGAUCUGCUCGUAAUACUCAGCCAUCCUUCUCUUAUUGUCAUUGUCACCGCCGUUGCCUUCUCCCCUUCCUCCGAACCCGCCGCCGUUGUUGUUCCCGCCAUUGCAAUUCCCGCCGUCCAACCUCUUCCCUGCCUCGCCGGAUUCCUCCACCGGGAUCCCGACCUCCGACGCCCACGACCCGGCGGCGGCGAUCCCCACCCCGUACACGUCCUUCCUCACGAACUUCCGCCCGGAUCUGGCCGCCGCGAUCGCCUCCUCCUCCACGGCGGAGAGGGAGCACCGGGAUGCGGACUGCGGGAGUUUCUUGUUGUUCAUUCCUCCGCCGCCGACAGCGGAGGAGAAGUCGCUGAAGGAUCGGGCCAUGUCGCUCUCCGACAUGGACCUGGUGAUGGUGGCGCCGCCGCGCCGCGGGCUGCUGGCGAUCUCGAGGUGGAGCGAUUUCUUGUUGUGGGCGUUUGGGUCCCAGGCGAACAUUCCGGUGAGCGAGUCAUUGCGGGGGAGGGAGACCUUGGGGGAAACCGCCGGCGACCCGGCCGGGCAGACCGGCGGGUGGACCUUGUUCGAGCUCGUCCUCAACAGAACGGCUUUCAUGGCUAAUUGAUCUACGAGAGAUUAAAAGAAGAUGAAACAAAAGAAAGUCUCGGA